AUCACGACCGGAUUUUCUACCAGCCAUUGUACCCUUUGCACCCCUAAAAUUCAAUCGUCAAGAUGUUCUCUGCUGCCGUCACCCGCGCUGCUACGCAGGCGCCUUCGGUCGUCGCCCGCCGCGGCUUCCACGCGACCCGUUCCCAGAUGUCUUCGCCCUUCCACUACCCCGAGGGUCCCCGAUCCAACAUCCCCUUCAACCCCAAGUCCAAGGUGUUCCCCUUCAUCUUCUGGGGCUUCAUGGGCGCCGGUUUCGGUAUUCCCUUCGGCAUUGCUGCCUGGAAGCAGAGCAAGGCCCCGGAGGCAUAAGCUUGCUCGACUAUCAGAGACCGAGGACGAGCUGCAAUGCGUGUAAGAUGGAGGGCCAAGCAGAGUUGCGUGCAGGAGGAGUAGAUGUGUAAAUAGGCCAAAUAGAGGCUGCUGCCCGUGCCUAUCGCUGGACUCAACUGAAGCGAUUUGUUAUUCCUAAAGGCUCUUCUCGAUCAGAAACGCGAAGAAUUGUUGGUAACGAUAGUGUUCGUGUGGCUACCUUCGGGCUGAGAAGGAACAUGAACGAGUUCUCACGCCAGAACCCAACAACAAACAGUCUUCCC